GCGCGUCGCCUCCCGGCCGGAGGAGGAGGUGGAGGCGGAGGAGGAGGCGCCGCCUUCCCGGUGUCGCGCGCCCUCGCCGUUGUCUGCGCUCCGCUCUGGACCAGUUUGGGGAAGUUGCCGUGUCCCGGUGUCGCCCAGAUGUGCGAUCUCAUUGAGCCGCAGCCGGCCGAGAAGAUCGGCAAGAUGAAGAAGUUGCGGAGAACUUUGUCGGAGAGUUUCAGCCGCAUUGCUUUGAAGAAAGAUGACACCACCUUUGAUGAGAUAUGUGUCACAAAGAUGUCUACACGGAACUGCCAGGGAAUGGACUCAGUGAUCAAACCCCUGGACACAAUUCCUGAGGAUAAAAAAGUCAGGGUUCAGAGGACACAGAGCACUUUUGACCCGUUCGAGAAACCAACUAACCAAGUAAAGAGGGUGCAUUCGGAGAACAAUGCUUGCAUUAACUUUAAGACCUCCUCCACGGGCAAAGAAUCUCCUAAAGUUAGGCGGCACUCCAGCCCCAGCUCGCCGACGAGUCCCAAAUUUGGAAAAGCUGACUCAUAUGAAAAACUGGAAAAACUAGGAGAAGGAUCUUAUGCUACAGUAUACAAAGGGAAAAGCAAGGUAAAUGGCAAGUUGGUAGCCCUGAAGGUGAUUAGGCUGCAAGAAGAAGAAGGUACACCUUUUACAGCUAUCAGGGAAGCUUCUCUGUUAAAAGGACUCAAACAUGCUAACAUAGUGUUGCUUCACGACAUCAUCCACACGAAGGAGACGCUGACGCUUGUGUUUGAAUAUGUGCACACUGAUUUAUGUCAGUACAUGGACAAGCACCCUGGGGGGCUACAUCCUGACAAUGUGAAGUUGUUUUUAUUUCAGUUGCUGCGAGGGCUGUCUUACAUCCACCAGCGUUAUAUUUUGCACAGAGACCUGAAACCACAGAACCUUCUGAUCAGUGACACGGGGGAGUUAAAGCUGGCAGAUUUCGGUCUUGCAAGAGCAAAAUCUGUCCCUAGCCACACGUACUCCAAUGAAGUGGUUACCUUAUGGUACAGACCUCCAGAUGUCCUCCUGGGCUCAACCGAAUAUUCCACCUGCCUUGACAUGUGGGGAGUUGGCUGCAUCUUUGUUGAAAUGAUCCAAGGAGUUGCUGCUUUUCCAGGAAUGAAGGACAUUCAGGAUCAACUUGAACGAAUAUUUCUGGUUCUUGGAACGCCAAAUGAGGACACUUGGCCUGGAGUUCAUUCUUUACCACAUUUUAAACCAGAACGCUUUACCCUGUACAGCUCUAAAAACCUUAGACAAGCAUGGAAUAAGCUCAGCUACGUGAAUCAUGCAGAGGAUCUGGCCUCCAAGCUCCUACAAUGUUCCCCAAAGAACAGACUAUCGGCACAGGCUGCCUUGAGCCACGAGUAUUUUAGUGACCUGCCUCCACGGCUAUGGGAACUGACCGAUAUGUCUUCUAUUUUUACCGUCCCAAAUGUACGAUUGCAGCCAGAAUCUGGAGAAAGCAUGCGGGCCUUUGGGAAAAACAAUAGUUAUGGCAAAAGUCUAUCAAAUAGCAAGCACUGAUGAGUACAACGUUCUCAAGAGAGCACAGGAUUAAGUUGUCGUCAGUCUAGGAAGAAACAAAAACAUUAAUGAAGUGGCCAAUAACACGAAGGGAAUCAUGGAUCAGUUUCCUUUCACUCCCUGUGGUGGAUUUCACUUACAAGAAAAUUGAAGCUGGCAAGACCCUGUUUUCUCUGCAAUUUAUUUAAAACCUUGCACGCAUUUGGAUACCUUGUGAUUUCCAAGAACUAUGUGAAGAUUAAGCUUUGCUUACUGAUACAUGGCAUGUAUUCUUUUCAGUCUUUUGUAUUUGAUUUUGUUUGAUUUCCCUCUACAGCGCAGCGUCUCUGUAAAGGUUUUUAUACCUUUACCAACCAUGUCUUAAAUACAUUAAGACAACACAUUUGGUGUUCACACUUCUUCAGUAACAUCUGUACUUGAAAGCCACAUAGUGGCAUAAAACCAUGUGUGUUUUCCUUGAGAUCAGUGCACAUUUUGCAACCACCAGGAAGGAGAUGUUUAGCUAAAGCAAACCCAUGUUCUCUGGCUGACUUGACAACUUGGUCCCUGGCCGUGGGGCCCCACUUAUUGCCUAUCUUUUGAGGACAUUUGCAGAUGUGGUUUUGGUUUUUGUUUUUGUUUUUGUUUUUCUUGGAAAUAACUGCACAUUUAUAUAAGAUAUCAGAAUAUGCUUAGCAUUUUCAGGCCACAUAGCAUGACUGUUUGUUGAGUAGGUUGGAAGUGAAGAAACAAGUAUCAAGCAUUUGGAACAAAAAUAGGGAUAAAUUGCUUACUUUUCAGCCUCUGGAGAUUGAGGUAACUUUUUACAUGUUUUCUGGGUCUUGUCAACAUCUUAUUUUUCCAUCCACUCUUUCAUACUUUAUGAGUAUUUUCUGAAUGGAGAAAAAAGUGAGGAACAAAAUAUUUAAAACUGGGUGCACAAGAAUUGGGUCUGCUGGAUGAGCCCUGAAAGCCGUCUUUGCUAGUUAACAUUUAAAAAGCAAAUUACGAAGUUAUCUAGAGUUAAACAUUUGCUCAUUUACACCAAAGCACCUUUAAAUUACAUUUUUUCAAGCAUUCCAAGCUGGUUGGAAGUCAUCAUUGGGUAACCUAACUUUAAACAGCCUCCUGGAAAAACUGUUCGAAUGCAGGCUUUAGAAGCAAUAUAGGAGUCUUGCUUUAAAGAUGGGAAGAGGAAAAAGAAAGGCCGACUUCCCUUGUUUGAGAUGUUGAGAGACCCUGGAGGAUGAAGGCGAGUAUGUGACAUGGAGGAAAAAGUGGAUUGGGCGUUCGCGGAGCUUUGAUGUAGAGGGAGCGCUGUCUGAUGCAGGUGUCACCCAGUGGGGCAGGCCUCACUGCAGAAUCCCAGAUAAUACUGAGGCCAAGGGGGCGGUUAGGAAAUUCCUCUCAAGCCUGAAACCUAGUUCCUCAGGACGCAAAUUCCUAUAGAGAUAUUCACGUACAUUGUUUUACAUUUUCCCUAUUAGUCAGAAAGAAGGAGAGACCAAAAACUUGAAAUGCAAUGCACUUUUGGAGAUCAAGACUAGGAAUUACGAGCCAGUUUGACAAAGACUUUCUCUGAGAGUCAGGUGAGGGAAAAAUUUUUCUCUUGUCAACCCCAGUAUAGCUAGGGAAUUGGACCCAGAAUUCCUAAACAUUAAAAUGGUACCUUCCCUAGAGUGGAGUGUGAGUAUAUAUUCAAGGUCACAAUCCAUACUAUCCAAAAGUAGCAUUCGUUGUAAGCUUCUAAGUGCUAAGCAAGGAAUUAUUUACUGAUUGAUUUUAAAGAGAGCAAAAGUUGCCCAAGGCUAGAAUGUUUAUUAUUUGCUAUCUAGAAAUCUUUCCCAUUCUUUUGUACAUUCCAACCCAUUGGAAGUUAGAGGUUUUUCGAUUUAAGAUGUACUUAAAUUAGGAUUUCUUAAAGUAAAUAUGGAAAAGAAAAUCUUACGUGCAAUCAAAAACAGCCUUGCCUAUGAUUUGUCUUGAAUUAUUCAUUUGGGAGAGAGGCAUAACUUUUGUAUUUUACCAAGCAACUGAUGAUUAAAUCUUGCUACUUAAUAAGCUUUCUAACUUGAAAAUUUAAAGAUAUUUAGUGUUAAAAGACUUCAGUUAGGAGUGUUAGAGUCAUUCAGAGCUAAUAUGCCCCUGUCAUUGGUAGCUUCUCUUGGGAAAUGAAACAGAAUUCUACUCAGUGAUGGGGGAAAUCUGUCUCAUUACAGAGACAUACCUCUCAGAAGAUCUUAUUUAGGAGGUUUUAGUUCCCCAUCCUUGCCAUGGGUACAGGAAAUCCAAAGUUUGGUUUGUUUCUCUCUCCUUUCCUCUCUCAUUUGCAAAUCACAUUCUCCCUUUCCUUCUUUCUCCAGCUUCUCUAGCUGAGAAAUUAUAAAAAUUAUUGCAGAAUGUGUUCAUUAGCAGAUUUAUUAUUCUAUUGAGAAAGCACUGGACUGUUUUUGUGAGAAAGCUGGAAUAGUAAGAACACAUUAGCAUGGUGAUUGUAUCAAUGAGACAUGACUGCACACACAGUAUUCUGAAAGGAAAUUUGGGACUUCGUUUCCAUGUUCUUAAAGGAACAGUUUGGUUGACUUAAAAAUACAAUAUAAGUAGGACAUGAAAAAAACGUUUGCAGUGCUCAGAAAAAAAAACAGCGGCCAUAAGGCAGCGGUGGCUGUCCAUCCACUGAUACAAGGGUGAGAAGCUGUUUCUACCUCUCAAGAGUGAUGAGAAAAGUUUCCAGGGGCGCCUCCAGGCUUAUAGAGAAAGCAAAGCCUCUAGGUAGCCUUUCCUCAGUGUGUACGUGACAGCCAGUGUAAUCAGUACCCUAGGUCAUGUGUUUAUAUAAGAUAUUCAUCUGUGAAUAUUACUGGUUUUGUAAUCUUUGUUAUAUAAAAGGAUGUUUAGGCCGUACAUAACUGGGGUAGAUUAUUGCCUGCCCCCUAUACAUAGGAAAGUGCGGCAUAAUUGAGCAUAACUUCCAUCUCCCUUGCUGGCUUGUAGGCAGAGGAAACCACAUAUGUUACUGCCUUGUGAUUUUUCUCACACACCAAAAACAAAAACAAAAAAAAUCUCAAAUCACAUAAGCACUCUCCUAUUCUCAUUCCUUUCUCACAGUAGCAUAUUUUAGAGGCACAUACAAAAUCUACAUUCUCUAAUCGAGAGUGGAUUUUUUAAAUUUUUCUUUUAUCUUUUUUUCUUUUUUUUGUAUGAUACACUGAGAUGUGUACUUUCUAACAAAGGGUUGGUACCUAAGAAAUGUGCUAGCAUCAUUCAGAAAACUAUUAUUCUUCAAAGUGACACAUAAUAAGGAGAAUGGAAUAAUACAUUCUGCAUAUUUGUUACCAAUUGUAAUUUGUCUGUAUUAUGAAAGAUGUAAUGGUUUGUCAGCUGUCACUGUUGUUUUCUUGUAACAUGAUAUGGAAUAAAAUAUAGCAGAAUCUCUA